AUGAAUGCGUUGGCUGCGAUUCAGAAUCUCACCGAAAUCGCCGGACUGCGUGAACGAUUCACCAAUUAUAGCUUUAACGAUGAACUGAGCAACUUUGUAUCGAACUCUUUAAAUUCAUCAUCCUCAAACUCGAUAUCGUCAUUUCAACGCUCGCCGAACGACGAUUUCGAUUCGUCGUCGUCGUCUUCGCUCAUCGCGCCGCCGGCAUCCGCCAAAUUGAUCAAUUUCCGCGGCCAUCAAGUGGCCGCGUUCGAGAUUCACGGAAAAGAAAUGAUUUGUUUGCCACAGGUCUACGAAUUGUUCUUGAAAAACAUGGUUGGCGGACUGCACACGGUCUACACGAAGCUUCGCCGACUCGACAUCAAUCCGCUGAUAUGCAACGUCGAGCAGGUUCGCGCGCUUCGAAGCCUCGGCGCAAUUCAGCCGGGAGUCAACAGAUGCAAACUCAUCGAAUGCGUCGACUUCGAGAAAUUGUACGACGAUUGCACCAGCACAUGCACACGUCCAGGACGUCCGUCGAAGCGCGGACCCUAUGACGAAUGGAAUCCGAUUAACACGAAAAAGGAGAAACUCGAAGGUACUAUGGCGACGUCGAAUCCACAAGGCGUCUUCGGUAAUCUUAUUCCGCAAUUGACCACCCAGCAGCUUCUCAUGCAGCAUUUUGUCGCGCUGACACAAGGUCAAACAAACGCCACGAGUGUUUUCGAAGGGAACGAGGAUGAGGAAGGACGCGAUAGUAGCACCGGCGAGGAGAGCACGCCGUUGAAUUUGAGCAAAGGCACAACGUCGGACACGGAUUCGGUGGAGAAUAUGAGAAAAGAUGAUUCUUCUUCAAACAAUUCGAUAAGUGAUCGCAUCGGAUCGAACUCGAAUUCAGUCGAGGGUUCGAGCAGCGGAAAUCGUGGUCCCGAAACCGAGCUCGUCAACAAAUUGGCAUCGCUUAUUGAGAUCGCGAACGAGCAAUUCAAACAGGAACGAGAACAGUUGUGGAAGGAGAGAAACGAGAUUCAACUCCUUCGCGACAGCUUCCAUCAAAUUGUUCAAGAUGAGCGUGAUCUUCGCAUCAAACUGGAAUCGCAACGUCGCAAAUGCUUCUCAAUGGAGCGCAAAUACAAAAAUGUUCGCAAUCAGUUAUUGAGUUUGCGUGCCGAGCAGCGUCGUCAAAAACAACGCGAUGCUGCUGAGGAAGGCAAUCGCGAACCCGAAAUCAAUGAGAAUGCCAGUGAAUCACAAUUGUAG